AUGGGGGCCAGGUCGGGGGCCAGGUGGUGCAAUGUGUGCAGGUGGGUCCCGGGUCAGGGGCCAGGGGAUGCAGUGCAUGCAGCUGACCCCCUGGAGAAGACGUUAAUUCCGCUCUCUCCCCUCUGCGCCCUCCCCCCCAGUUACAUCCAGAACUCCCAGCCAAACCUGAACAACCUGACCGCUGUGGGCUGCGCCCUGGCACUGGCCGCCGUCUUCCCCCUCGGGCUGGAUGGCUACCACAUCGGGAGAAGCCAGUUCCCCUUUGUCUGCCAGGCCCGCCUCUGGCUCCUGGGUCUGGGGUUUAGUCUGGGCUACGGCUCCAUGUUCACUAAGAUCUGGUGGGUGCACACGGUCUUCACGAAGAAGGAGGAGAAGAAGGAGUGGAGGAAGACCCUGGAGCCCUGGAAGCUGUAUGCCACGGUGGGCUUGUUGGUGGGCAUGGAUGUUGUCACUCUUGCCAUCUGGCAGAUUGUGGACCCCUUGCAUCGGACCAUUGAGACCUUUGCCAAGGAGGAGCCAAAGGAAGACAUCGAUGUGUCCAUCCUGCCCCAGCUGGAGCACUGCAGCUCCAAGAAGAUGAACACGUGGCUAGGCAUUUUCUACGGUUACAAGGGGCUCCUGCUGCUGCUGGGCAUCUUUCUUGCUUAUGAGACGAAGAGUGUGUCCACCGAGAAGAUCAACGACCACAGGGCUGUGGGCAUGGCCAUCUACAACGUGGCGGUCCUGUGCCUCAUCACUGCACCGGUCACCAUGAUCCUGUCCAGCCAGCAGGACGCCGCCUUCGCCUUCGCAGCUCUCGCCAUAGUGUUCUCCUCCUACAUCACGCUGGUGGUGCUGUUCGUGCCCAAGGUGCGCAGGCUGGUCACCCGUGGGGAGUGGCAGUCCGAGGCUCAGGACACCAUGAAGACGGGGUCUUCCACCAACAACAACGACGAGGAGAAGUCCCGGCUGCUGGAGAAGGAGAACCGGGAGCUGGAGAAGAUAAUCGCUGAGAAAGAGGAGCGUGUCUCCGAGCUGCGCCAUCAGCUCCGGUCUCGGCAGCAGCUUCGCCCCCGGCGACACCCCCCGACGCCCCCAGACCCCUCGGGGGGCCUGCCCAGGGGGCCCCAUGAGCCCCCAGACCGGCUCAGCUGUGAUGGGAGCCGGGUUCAUUUGCUGUACAAGUGAGGGGGGGAGGGGGGAGGGGGGCCAGGAGAAGGCACCCGCUUUGUGAGGCCUGGGGGGGGGGAGCGGGGAGGGCCGAGUCCCCAGGACUCUGGAAACUGCCCUCACCGAUCUGUGCCCACUGGACUCCGCUGUCCCCUUUGUGUCUGGCUGCUGUGCCCCCGUCUCUGGCACCUCCCGCCCUGCCCUUGCCUACCACCACGCUUACCUAGUCUCCUUCCCCGGGCCCACCCCCCACCAGGUUUGUCCCUCGUGAAUUUUGCCUCUUCUGGCCGCACAGUCUUCCCUCUGAGGCUGUGUGCCCAGGCUGGUCCACCCCUGCUUCGCACAGGUGCCGGCUCCGCCCUCCUGGGGUCACGUGUCCUUGCUCCCCCAGCGCCCCCAGCGCCCCGCAGCUGUCUGGCAGUGUGCAUGCGUAGCUGAGGCAGGGCUUUCCCACCGGCGCACAGCCAUGUUCACCCGCUAGCUUUCCCGGUGUGCUCGCACCUGGCUACCCUCCCCUCUGCACCUGGACAUCACGGCACCUCCCGGCCCAGCACCUACUCUGCACUAGGCGGUGCGCUUGUUCCCAGGUCACACCCUCACGUGGUUUCUGCUCGAAAUCCCGCCCGCUCCCCCUCAUGUCUCCCCUCCUCCUCACCCUGCUCCUGUUCUCCUUCCCCUACCCCCACCCCCUGCUCAA